UGAGUUUGACGUCACACAGCGUUGACGCCAGUCUUGUCGAGACGCAAACAACAAACAAUGGCUAACAUUAUGAAACAUUCUGUGAGAUUACUGGGACAUCUUUUGGAGACACAAACAAAGGCAAACAUUCCAUGACAUCUGCAAAUGCAAGCGGUCCUCGGAUCAUACCACGAAGAGAGGUCUGCCACAAGCUCUGAGAUCAAGCAGCAGAAAUAAAGCAAUGGUUGUGCAGAAGGUAAACUAAAUCAUCCCUGGGAUCCCUGAUACAGAAGGCUGGAGGUCCUAUCGAAGACUGGAAAAGAAGGCUUCAUGACAUGCGCACUAACAUACUUGCGUCACUCCUCUAUUUCGGGAUUUUGCUUGCUUUCUUUUUUCAUAUUGUGUGUUCUAUAAAUAAUACUGACUCAAACGGCUGUCCACCUGGCCUAAACUGUACUUGUGGAGAGUGCGUCCUGAACGACUCCUGUGACACGGAGACAGGCUACUGUAGAGAGGACUGUCAGCCCGGCUACAAGGGGAAAGGAUGUUUUAUCAAGUGUGGCCCAGACGAAGAUUGUGUGAAUCCCUGCAGCUGCCAGAACUCCUGUCAGUGUGACCGGCAGCGCCUGAUCUGUGAUGUUGAGUGCCAAGAGCUGAUCCAACACCAAGUCGUUGCGAGGGGCGUACGACACAAGACAGCUGUCUACCUUUCCCUAAUUAUGGCCAUCGGGCUGAUUUUCGUUGCUGCAAUAAUCGUGUGGUCGGGCGACCAGUGCAUGGUGACGCAGCGGCAUGUACUCCCCGGUGUACAAGGUGAUGGUCCUCAUCAGGGACCCUUCUCAUCUCCCUCGAAUCCUUCUGCCCUGGCGGCCAUCCGCAUAGUCAAUGGCCCUCCUGGCAGUAAUGACAGGAUCGAGAGCGGCGUUCGAAGUUUGCCGAUUGAAGAGGAAGACAGCCGCCGGAAAAGGCACUAUAGAAAGGACCGCAGAUUCAGUUCCUCUCGCCCUUCCAGGUCGAUCAUCAGCGCCCCCUACCUGUCGGAAUCCGAAAACCUCCCCCGGAGUACGCCCUUGGCCGAGUUCACGGCCUUGACCCGAACUGGAGACACGAAGAACUGCAGCAGCUGGACUUUCAGAUCUGGCCCUGUCGGCAACUCUGACCUGAUCAACGCCGACAUGGAGGACGCCAGUUCCUCGACGGAUACCACGGAGUUUCUGACGAUCCUCUCGCCGUUGUCGAAUACCAGGUGCGUCGGGAUGCUGAGGUCAACAGAGAAGCGAGACAACCCGGAGGAGAGCAUUUGCCUUUCCGGUUCCUCCUUCACGAUACACAUAUUGCAAGAAGCAGACGCGCUGCAACACUCCGAAGCUGCUGUUGCUGGGUCGCUGGAACAGACCGCGAUAGACCAGGCUCCCAGUGUCACGGUCACGAACUCCGACCCCAUCCAGGUGGAUCACACCUCGGUCGCAAUGCCCGGCACCACUCUGCCAAACGUCAGUCUAUCGCUUGAAGAUCAAAGGUGCUGGAAAAUCUCCAUCCCCCGCGUGGUUUUGGAGCAAAAUCUGGAAGGAACUGCGCAACUGUCUGCGCCGGUGGCUCUCAACGCCCUGCUGGACAGCCCGCCGGAGGGUCGGCCCCCCGAGCCCAGUGUGACCGAGAUGGAUGAGAUAACGCUGGUCGACAAGCAAUAGGGUCUUCAGUGACAGACGACGGAUGGGCCCAGCUGCACGAGUGCGACAAUGACGCUGUUACUCGUAAGGUCCUGGCUUCAUGCCCGGACAUGGUUGGCUGCUCAUGAGAGCGGUCUGCACGCCGACACACGAGCUCUUGUGCCCGAGAUGUUGACGCUCACUGGAGUGUACAGUGUUUUCUCCUACGCAGACGUGUGGACAUGCAUCAUCUGAUUGUCUUUGUGUUUACACGACUCGCGUGAAUAGACUUUCCAGACCUUUGUGUACUUGUGUGCAUUCGUGCGUGGAUAUGAAGUGAUUAUGUAUUCGUAAAAC